AUGCAUCUAAGGCGACUGCGUGAAACGACCCUGUUGGAUCGUGUGCACGAACACGUCGUGCUGCCUCCUAUCAUACUGCAAGCGGUGGAUACGGCGGCGUUCCAACGAUUGCGGUCCCUGAAGCAGCUUGGCGCCUCCUCCUUUCUCUAUCCUGGGGCAGUGCACACGCGCUUCGAGCACUCCAUUGGGGUGGCACAUAUGGCGCGACACCUUCUAACGAGCAUCAAACGCCGCCAACCGGACUUGGGCAUUGACGACAAUGACGUUGACAAGGCGAUGCUCGCCGGUCUCUUCCACGACAUUGGGCACGGACCAUUCUCACACCUCUUUGAAGACGUCAUUACAACACGGUGUGGUGUAGCAUUUGAUCAUGAGGACAUGUCAGAACGCAUCACGCGGCGAGUGCUAAGGACGUUUCUCCCUCUUGAUGACGUGGAGGACGUUAUUGGCCUCAUGCGAGGCCGCUGCAGCCUGGCAAUGAAGUACGGAGAGGUAAUUAGCAACAAACGUAGUGGUAUUGACGUGGACAAGCUCGACUACUUUAUGCGGGACUCGCUCUGUUGCUUUGGGAAACCGACGCUGGACGUGCGUGUCAACCGCCUCUUCAACUCCGCACGUUUAUUGUGUGAUGAUGGGCAGUGGCAGCUAGCAUUUGAGGAAAAACUGGCGCUCUCGCUGCGUGAGCUCUUUACCCUGCGUGCGAAGCUUCACAAGAAUGUUUAUCAGCACUACGUUGUCAAGGCGAUUGGUCAUAUGAUUGGAGACAUUUUCUACUUGGCUGCGCCGCAUUUUAUGGUGGGAGGCCACACACUCCUUGAGUGUGCCACGGAGGAUGCGCUGCUGCUGAAGCUGGGCGACUGGGUGCUGGAGGCAAUUGAGAGUAGCUCGGAUGAGGCUUUGCAGCCGGCACGCAACCUCAUCGCCCGCCUUCGCGCGCGCGACAUUUAUCGCCUGGUCUUCUCUCGCACCCUCGACCCGGACGCAGAGCUGUCGCCAGGGUGGGUGCAGCGGCUGUCGACGGAGAUACUCGCGUGUGCGUCGGCGUCACGGCCAUUCACCGCGUCGGACUUUAUUGCAGAUCUGGUGGUCAUUCACCAAGGCAAGGGCCGGAGCGACCCUCUGCAGAGUGUCCUAUUUUUUAACCCAAAGCGGCCAUCGCAGCCGUUGUCGAAGAUGUCGCCCGACGCACGCUACAGCCCACUCUUUACCCCGUUUGCCUUUGAAGAACGCACGCUGAUGGUGUUUGAGCGGCAUAAUACCGCGGGCGCCGUUCGCGCGGCAUGUGAGCGACUUGUUGCGGAUGAAUCGCACCGCCGCUUCUUUGUUGAAACGCUGCCCUUUUACAACCAGUCUUGA